UUCAGUUGCAUUCCACUUUCCCAGGAAUAGCCUUAUCCUCUUGGAAUUCUUAUAUUCUCCCGACUGUUGGGUGCACCACACGCCUUGCAUUCAAAGUUAUGGCUGCUGCCCUCGUUGGCCUUAUCGGCCUUGGACUCGCAGCGCCUGGUGUCAUUAAUGUUUUCCUCCAGGCCGGAAACUACGUUGCUGGAAGACUGGAGGAGAACAAGAAAGCCAAAGAAUUCGCCACGAACCUUAGGACUUUUUACAUUGCCGACGAAGUGGACGUGCUGCGACUUCACAUGAAGAGCGCGCAUGCGAUUGUCACAGACCCGCGAACCGAACCUUUCGAAAAGACAAGGCUCAAUAAUCACUUUGAGGAAAUCAAGUCUCUCCUUCAAUCGAUAAACGAGUUCACCAAUGUGGUAUUGUCAACCGAAUGGGACCUUCGCUUCAAGCGAAGGUCGGCUCUCGCUGAGCUGAGGAAAAGCACCGCUCGAUGCAAAGAUUGCAUUGAAAACUUCCGCGAUCGCGUCCGGGCGCUGAGGGAUAUUCACUACUCCGAAUCCGAUCUUCUGCUACGCCCUCUUGAUUUCAAUUGGGUCCUGUCCGAAGCGGAUCCUAUCACGUUGAGCGCAUCGGCCCUCGUCCGUCUCGGAAGGACUACCCGUGAGAUUCGUGGAACCCCACCCAUGUCCCGACGAUUCUUUUAUGAGACUAUUCCAUAUACAAAGUCCACGAAGUUGGCCAUCCAGCAGAAUCUCGAAGUCGUGGUGCAAAAGCUUGCGAUGGGGGGCAGCGGCGUUCUCCCUCUCCUCGGCUUCAGGGACGAUGACGCAGAAGAGCAAUUUCAAAUCAUCUUCGUUCUUCCGCAGCGCGAGGCCUAUCCAUCGACCCUAUCGUCAUUGAUCAGAGAAAUCGAAGUAGUCCCGUCCCUGAAUGUGCGAGUGAAUAUCUGCGUUCAACUCGCCGAAGCUGCGCUUUAUCUCCAUUCGGUGGGACUAGUCCAUAAAGGCAUACGACCGGAUAACAUCGCAGUCCUACCAAAUGAAAAUGGAGAUAUUUUCGAUGCAGACGACAAAGUCGUGGUCUUCCUCUUCGGCUUCGACGUGUCGAGGCCGAUCGACCAAUACAACACCGCGCACGCUGGAGAGCUCCUAUGGCAGCGGCGGAUCUACCAGCAUCCUCAACGACAGAAGAGAGUUGCUGAUGCAGACUACAACAUGGGUCAUGAUAUCUACAGCCUCGGAGCUUGUGCAUUGGAGAUUCUUCGAUGGAGCUCAUUCGUGCGUCUGCAGAUCAAUCGAUACGGAGAGGAAGAAUACACACUGUCCCCCGAGUUUCUGACAAUCUACCGGAAGUUCAAGGAAGGAGCGGGCGAAAGCCGUGAUCGGGAGUCAUCGGACAUGGCAAUCGUGAUGAGCGAUCCUAAAAGAGUCCAAAGGAUUCUCACUACUUGCUGCAAGAACGAGGUGUCUCGCUUAGCUGGCCGGAAGUUGGCCAAUAUUGUUUCCGACUGCCUGAAAAUGGUCGACGUAGAAGCGGAGCUCGGAGCUGAGGGCCUGUUCAAGGCUGAGGAUCCCACAAACGUCGGCACUCAAUUUGUCGACCGUGUUCUCGUCCAGUUUCGCGAGGUGGCAAACGCUAUUUAGACCGAGGAAAUGAAAUAGGGGCAUUCUUUUGGCAUUGCAAGAACAUGGGCUAUAUACUGUCUCCUCAUAACUUCUCAUACGGCAGGGUGGCCAUGCAGCAUGCUGUGUGGGGCAGAAGAAGCGAAGGCAACGAAUUGCAGGACGAAGCCACCCAACCUCACGCCAUGGCGCCUGCGGGCUUGCUCAGCUGAGCAGCAG